UUUUAUAUAAAACAAACUAGAGAAUUAUUUACAAUAAAUGGUCUCAAAUACGGUUGUGGGCAGCUGCCUCUCAGACACAUGUGUUUGUGUUACAUGUCAUCAUUCAUGACCAGUAGGUGAAGCUAUAUGUUGUUUGUGGGAGGGGCAGCUACCCACCUUGAAUUUUUAAAACUAAUGUAAAAUGAAGUGGAAGACAAUGCUUGUUCGAAUCACAAUGACACGGAAAUUUCAGAUUUCCUAUUUAUGUUUAGUAAUAAUACAAAACUCACUCGAAAUUUUUGAGUAAUUUGCAAAACAUUUUGAUGUAAAGCUGAAGAGAUUUCAUAAGAAAACAAUAAUAUCCCUGGAAUACUGGAAAUAUGAAGGUGAAUGUGGAAAAAUUUAAAAGAAAUGACAAGUGAAUGUAUUAAAAUAAAUUUAUGAACUCUUUCUAAAACCGGUGGAUAUUGUUUCCUAAUUUAAGUAAAAUCUGAAAAAGGUAAAAGAAUCCCUCCUCCAAGAGAACGACUGGCAGGAAGAAGAGGAGUCCAUGCAGAGAAAGUACUAUCAAAUGGCAAAAAAGGUUUCUGUAGACCUUAUAAAUAAUCAAAAACAACCUAACACAAAGUUCUUGAUUUUUUUUUCUCUUUUCAAGAACACCACAUUUCUUGCUUCUUCUUUGACAGAGAUUUUGCAAUCAGACGACGAGGCUACUUACGAUUCCGAUGAUCAUUAUGAUUAUGCUAAUAUCCAUGUCCUAGCUUUGAUACAUCAUUUGAUUGUGUUUAUUUUCUUUCCCGUAUUGUUUUUUUUAAUUCAAUUUCCUCUGUUUUGGUCAAAUUUUCUGUUUUUCGAUAUGGGCUGUGCGAGCUCGAAGCACCGUAAACGUUGCCUACACUGCCGGCAAGGAUAUUCUCCGGUAGACAUGUCACCUAGACCCUCCGUGCAACACCCACCGCAACAUUCCGACGACAUGUUGGCUCUCAGUUCCUCCACCCUCGGAUCUCUCAAGCUCUGCUACUCCUCUUUCGGACAUAGCCGCAUACACUUGGCAGAUUUCACCGGUAACCUUGCCACCGACCAAUCCGGAGAGAACCGACAAGAAGAUGGGUUUGGUCAGAAAGAAGACAGAGACAAGGAAAUGCAAGCUAAGCUUAUGGAAGCUAAAGUAUGGUCGAGUAUGAUGAACGACAAGAUCCCCAAGAUUGUCCCCAAGACUCCUAUCUUGACGCCUCCUGGAGAGCCAGAAACGAUCAACACGUGGGAGAUGAUGGACGGGCUUGAAGAUUCCGUUAGCCCUCUUCGGUCAACUAGUCACGUUAGGAGCUUCUCGUUUGAUGGUGGUUGUAAACGUCCCAAGGAGAAUGGUAAUGUGAUACUCUACUUCACAAGCCUUAGAGGUAUAAGGAAGACAUAUGAAGAUAGCUGUGAUGUCAGGGUUAUACUUAAAGGCAUUGGGGUUAGGGUGGAUGAGCGUGAUGUAUCGAUGCAUUCGAGUUUUAGAGACGAGCUCAAGGAGUUAUUACUAGAGGGCAAAUUCAAUAAUGACGUGGGGAUCACCUUACCUAGAGUUUUCUUGGGGAGGAAGUAUCUUGGGGGAGCAGAGGAGAUUCGAAAGUUGAAUGAAGAUGGGAAGCUCGAGAAGAUUCUAGAAGGCUGCGAGAGGGUUGAAGAGAAUAAAAAUGGUAAUGGGAAAGAGUGUGAGGCUUGUGGAGAUAUAAGGUUUGUGCCAUGUGAGACAUGUUCGGGGAGCUGCAAAGUGUACAAUGAAGAUGAUGAAAGUGAAAAGGAAGAUAGAGAUUAUGGUUUUCAAACGUGUCCUGAUUGUAAUGAGAAUGGACUCGUUAGAUGUCCUCUUUGUUGUGAUUAGCUUUUUGAACACACACACAUACAGAAAGAGAACCUUGCUCUU